ACUUAGGGCCCGGGGUCUUGUACAUUGCGUCCAAAAGCGCGAGAAAAUUCAUCAUGGCUGCGAAAAAAGGUAAAAGAACAGCAGACACUUAUCUCACUGAUCAGAAUUGGGACAAAGAAGAUACAAAAAGCGACGAAGAAGAAGAGACUGGUACUUUCAAAGAAGCUAGUGAAGACGUAUUGGCGAAAAGAGUUUUUAAAAAGGCAAAGAGAAGAGUUGGAUCAGAUAACACUUGUGAUACUUCAACAAAGUCGAAUCCUUUUGGUGGUUUUGGUGGCUUUUCUACAUUUUCAGCGAAACCACCUGCUUCUACUGUUGCUAGUAUAACAAAAGCAACCGUAACUAUUUCCGAUCAGAAGUCUAAUUUUUGGUCCAAUACAAAUGAAAACAAAGAUUUCUUUGCAAGCCGUGACGAGCCAACAACGAAAAUAGAUUCUUCGAAUACCAAGAAAGACAAUCUAACUAAAGCUGAUAACUCAGCGUCUAAAAUGACCAGUACGAAUACUACUGAGGAUAAUGAUGUCUAUUUUGAGCAGUUAGCAUCACUCAACCAUUGUGUAUUGUCGUGGAUCAAACAACACGUGGACAAGAACCCGUGUAUUGAUUUAACGCCUGUGUUUAAUGAUUACCAAAAACAUUUGAAAGAGCUAGAGUCAAAAUACUCGCCGAAGACAAAGAAGAAUAUUGUUGCUCUAGAUACGAACGCAAAUGUAUUUAAAACACCAGACAGUAGGAAUGCAUCGCCUAUUACAAGUGUUGCUGCUUCUACUAAAAUGAUGACAAUGUUUACUUCAUCGACACCUAUUCAAAAAAACAGUGCUAUCCCUGCAGCGACAAAUUUUGGGACGAAUAAUUUGUUAUUUGCCACGUCAUCACUUGUAACAAAGACGGAAGAAAAACAAAACACAGAAAAUAACGAAAACGAAGAAGAUACAAAUCUAGAACCAGAACGAAAAACUAUUGUAGAAGACGAUGCAUUUUAUCAAAUUCGUUGCAAACUAUUCUUUAAAAAAGGCGCCAAUUGGCAAGAGCUUGGUAUUGGCAUGUUAUAUCUCAAACCGUGCGGUGAGAAAACUCAGUUACUGAUCCGAAUGGAGACGACUACAGGAAAAGUUUUACUAAACAUUAACUUGGCUGAAGAUAUGCCCAUUUCUAGAAGUGGCAAGAACAACGUAAUGUUGGUUUCAGUUCCUAAUCCACCCGUUUUCACGAAACCUGCAGACGGAGAUAAUAGCAUACCAUGUACUUAUUUGAUUAGGGUGAAAGGAGCAACUGAAGCUGACGAACUUUUAUCAAAAAUGAAACCUACAUGAGUUAUUUUUUAUGAAUAAAUAAUUUUUUUGUUUA